GUUAACCUCAGAGCUCUUGUAGAACCUUAAAGAGAAGGGCUGAUGCAGAGACGAAGCAGAGAGCGAAGUCAUGGGUUUCUCCCUACAUCUGAUUUUCUACUUUCAGCUGGUGCUCUCUGUCACUAUGCUAGGUAAGACAAUUGGCUGUGCAGGGACACGUUUGUCUUUUCUGGUGCCGAGUUUCUGCCUGGUGACUUUAUUUCAUCUUACCUUUUGAAAUUUGAAUAAAAAAAAAAAAAAGAAGAAAAGGGGGGCGGGAGAGAAAAAGAAAAAAGAAAAGAGAGGUUAUUGAGGUAGUAGAGAUACUGACCGAGAAGUUGGCUGGUAAAUAUUGCAAUGAGAUGUAAAAUGUUUCGGAAGGGGAGGGAAGAUACGCUGAGCCUUGGGUUAUCAAGAGAGGAAGCAACUCUUAACUUAUACCUGGCAAUUCCGGACGGGGGAAAAAAAGGAGGCUCGUCACUGCAUAGAUGUUGUUACCUCAACUAAAUCAGAUGAGAAAGACUCAUCUUUCCCCUAUGUACCUCCAGAAAGGAACUGGAUUCUUUCUUCUGAUUAUUCUUCCCAUCCAGAAACUCCAUGUAAUUUUGGAUGGAACUGUUCCUGGAUUAUGUCUGCUAAUAGCUUUGGACAACCUGACUGGCUACUAUCUUCAGUUGUUGCUCUCACUUCUCAAGAAGAUCAACACAGUAUGGACAUAAUCUCAUCCAACAGAGAUCUGGAAGGGAAUAUUCUUCUCCUGAACCCAAGCAGGUUCUUGGAUAGAUGCACAUUCAGCCUCCACAGUCCAAUCCUGCCAUGGAGCUCCAGCUCAUGUUUGUUGGAGCUGGCAGUAUAUUCACAGGGCCUCAGUCUUGCAGGACUCUCUGCUGAAGUGCACUAUAUGGAUACAAACCAAAGUAAAGUGGUUCAUCUGCAAGAAGGACAUGAGGAGGAUGCCUGGGUGAAAUGGAAAAUUCUAAUAGGCCCAAUUGGACAAAUGGAAAGGCCUUUUGAGAUCACUUUGCUGUAUUCAAGUUGUGAGGAGAAGAAUUCUGGGGUUUUGGCACUGGGCUCAUUGCAACUUCAAAAUUGCCUUCAUGAUAAAGUUUUUUCCAACUUUGAUAAGGGCUCUCCUACCUCCUGCCCACAUGAGGGCUGUGUCAGCCACCUAGAGGUUUGCAGUUUCAAUUCUGAUUGUCCAACCAAAGAAGAAGAUGAAUCCCUCUGUGAUAGCCUAACAGAGGGGGCACAUUGUUCUUUUGAGGAAGGUGCCUGUGGCUGGACAAUGGAUGGAAAUAUAAAUUCUUCCUGGGCUAUUAGUGAUAUUUCAAGGAUGCAUGAAAACUGGAUUGGAGGAUCUGCCUUACAAGCCACUGGAGGUCAUUUUCUCUAUCUGCAUGUCAAUAGUGAACACACAGACGGUCUUGCCCGGACUUACAGCACUGACCUUCCAGCCAUUCUUUCCAAUGGAUCUUAUAAGGUCCAAUUCUCAGCAUAUGUUUUUGGCAACUAUAAUGGCACCCUUUCAUUCACUGUACAAGAAGUUGAAGGAGCAGCCAAUGGCAGUGCGGCACUACUGAUAUGGGAAAAGUCAGGGAGCUGGAGAGAUCAUUGGUUUCUCAUAACUUUGGAAAUGCCAAGCCUUCAGAACAGCUUUCAUCUGGAGCUCCUCGCUAACUGGGGUUGGAAUUCACAAGCUGAUAUUGCUGUGGACAACAUUACUUUUGGUCUGGAUUGCUUCUCUAAUGGAAGAAAACAAAGCCACACUGAUGGAGAACAGCACUACUCAUUGGCAAUUGAUAGACUGGAUGAGCGUCUUUUUAAUCCUUUAGAAGAACCCCUUCUUUUAGCGGAAACACCUGUCAAUCUCUGGUGGUUUACAACCUGUGGGGCUAGUGGGCCUCGAGGACCAACUCAAACACAGUGUGAUAGCACUUAUCACAACACCAAUAUAUCAGUGACUGUGGAAAAAGAGGGACAUCUACGAGGGGUACAAAUCUGGAAAGUGCCAGCGUCAAACCGAUAUACGAUUUCAGCCUAUGGAGCCGCUGGAGGGAAAGGAGCCAAGAACCACAACAAACGGUCUCAUGGGAUUUUUAUCUCUGCUAACUUCCAUCUGGAAAAAGAUGAGCUCCUCUACCUGUUGGUGGGGCAACAAGGGGAAGAUGCCUGCCUAAGGAUUAACUAUCACACUAAGCAGAUUUGCCUGGGGGAAUCCUCAGAAAUUGAAGAAGAAUACAAAAAAGCAAAGCGACUGACCGAAUGGGCUGGAGGAGGGGGUGGGGGCGGAGGAGCCACCUAUGUGUUUCGACAGAAGGAUGGAGCUUUUGAACCUUUGCUUGUUGCGGCAGGGGGUGGAGGAAAGGCUUAUCUGAAGGCGCAGGAGAGCUCCCUGGACGAUGCAUUCUUGGAACAGUAUGUGAACAGUUCGGCAAUACCUGGGGUCAAUGGGAGAACUGGAGCAGCAGGGGGAGGUGGUGGUUGGGAAGGUAUCACCCAUUUUCCCUGGGCUGGAAAAUCACUUCUGGAAGGUGGAGAAGGUGGUGAGGCCUGCCAACAAGCAUUAGAGAAACUCCAGUGGACCACGUCUGGUGGUUUUGGUGGCGGAGGAGGAGCUUGUACAUCUGGUGGUGGUGGAGGAGGCUAUAAAGGUGGAGAUGCUUCUGAAACAGAUGACAUUACAGCUGAUGGACAGCAUGGUGUUUCCUUUGUGAAUCCAAUUGGGGAGAUCUUCUUGAGCCCUCUAGCAGUUAUGGAAAGUCAUGGUGAAAUAGCCAUUGAAGUCUAUGUGAAUUGCAGCCAUUGUCAAUCAGGUAUCUGCAAACAAGAACCUGGCAGUCACCUACCUGUCUGUAUUUGUGCAGCUGGAGCCAUCUUGGCUAAUGACAAUGUUUCCUGCACAGUUAUCCGGGAACCCAUUCCAGAAGAGCACUUGCCUCUCCCAUUCCUCUUGACAGUGAUUACUGUGAUGGUGCUUGUUAUGAUUUUCAUUUGUGGUAGCCUACCAAUUGUUUAUCAUCGAAAGAAAAAGAGGCUAGAAGGAACCAGAGCCCAUCUGCAGAAUCCAGAUUAUAACCUAAGCAAAAUCCGUACUUCUACUAUCAUGACAGAUUAUAAUCCCAACUACAGCUUUGCAGGAAAGAUGGCCACUCUCAGUGAACUUAAAGAGAUCCCACGAAAGAAUAUUUCUCUACUUCAGGAACUUGGACAUGGGGCAUUUGGUGAAGUUUACAAAGGAACAGUGGUGGGAAUCACAGGAGAUCCUAGUCCUCUACAGGUGGCUAUCAAGACAUUGCCCGAAAUCUCUUCAGAGCAGGAUGAGAUGGAUUUCCUAAUGGAAGCACUGAUAAUCAGUAAGUUCAGUCACCAGAAUAUAGUGCAGUGCAUUGGGGUGAGCCUGCAAACGUUGCCUCGUUUUAUCCUUUUGGAGCUGAUGACUGGAGGAGAUAUGAAGAGCUUUCUACGGCAGAAUCGGCCUCGGGAGAAUCAGCCAUCUGCUUUAACCAUGCUGGACUUGCUCAAUAUUGCCAGGGACAUUGCUUGCGGUUGCAAAUAUCUUGAGGAGAACCACUUCAUUCACCGGGAUAUAGCUGCAAGGAAUUGCCUUUUGACCUGUUCUGGUCCUGGACGAGUAGCCAAAAUUGGUGACUUUGGAAUGGCCCGAGAUAUCUACAGGGCAAGCUAUUAUCGCAAAGGUGGGCGAGCCAUGCUUCCGGUCAAGUGGAUGCCUCCAGAAGCUUUCCUGGAAGGCAUCUUCACUUCCAAGACAGACACCUGGUCCUUUGGAGUGCUGCUUUGGGAGAUUUUCUCUUUGGGCUAUAUGCCUUAUCCAUGCAAAACCAACCAGGAAGUAUUAGAGUUUGUUACCAGUGGAGGAAGAAUGGACCCUCCCAAGAAUUGUCCUGGACCUGUCUAUCGGAUCAUGACACAAUGCUGGCAGCACAGUCCUGAAUACCGUCCAAAUUUCUCUACAAUCCUGGAAAGGAUCAAGUACUGCACACAAGACCCCGACGUGAUCCAUACUGAAUUACCCAUUGAAUGCAGCCCCACUCCCGAGGAUGAAGGAAGCACUGUGCUACAUACAAAUAGCAACACAGGGAUAGUUCCUUUGCUUGGGAAUCAGUGCUCUCAGAUAAACCACCAAGCAUUUGAAGAACAUGAUUCUGGGAACAAAUAUGGACAAUGUCCCCAAGAGUUAUUAGUGGAGAACCUUAGUAACUGGAGAGCAAGAGGACCAAGCUUACCACCGUUCAACUAUUCCAGCAGUGGGGCUUGGGCUCAACCAGUCUUAAACCAGAAUUUGGAUUCCACAAGUCAAUCAGCACAUAAGUUGAAGAACAAAACCAAAAACCUUUGGAACCCAACGUACGGAUCCUGGGUCAUGGAGAAUAAUUGCCAAUCCAGUCCCAGGUCUAAACUCAACACAAUGCAAGAGCGAGAAGAUUCAGGAUUUGAUGGGAAUUAUAGUCCCUCCCCUAGUUCUCGGACAUCACCUUCAUCUCCAAGUCAGAACCAUUCCCCUCACAUUGAUAUUGGCGGUAUUGAACUGGUGAAGCUGCAGAAUUUCCCUUGUGGCAAUGUGAAUUAUGCUUAUGAUGACCUCUGCUAUGAAAUAGGUCACCCUUCACCUUUGGCUGCAGAGCCAGCCACAGUCAUGAGGAGUGGAAGUCUGCACAGUGAUAGCAACCUUGUUUUCAAGACAGAGAAAACCUCAAGGGAGAGAGAUUCUGGCCUCUCCUUGUCUGGUGAUCUGAAUGUUACUCCUAUAUAACGGGAUGCUGAAGAAUCAGACCUUCAACUAUGGAUACAGCUACAAGAGCAAUUAAAACAUCCUCCAUCUCUAUUCUUAAAUUAGGUGAAUUAAUACCCUCCUUUCUUAUGAAUGCCCAAUGAAGCAGUUCAAAAUGUAACAUUGAUUCCAACCUAUUAAAUUUGUGGUUACAGAAAGAAACAAUGUCCUUGUUACAAUGGUUCAGGGUUUAGUUGGAAAUGGUCAUACCCAAUCACCUCUAAUAAAAAUGAUCUGUAUCAUAAAAUAGAAUAUAUACGAAAUGGCAAAACCAAUAAUUACCAGUUUAGACCAGUGAUCUGUAAAUUAUUGUACUUUCCAAAUGAUUUAUCAUAAUACUGUAUGGGCAAUUAAAUAUAUUUAGUUUAAUAUGUAAAUGCAAUAUUGGAAAAUUAAUAAAAAAAAACUUGGACAUGAAAAAAAAUAAAAUAAAUAUAUUUAGUUUACUUAAGACACUAAGGCCCAAAAUAAAUGGUAACAAAAAAGCUAGCAUUAAAGAAGUACAGAAAUUAUCUGUUUUCUGCAGAAAAAGCACAGAAAACAAAUAAAAGGAGUGUGAAGGGGCAAACAGAACUGAUGCCUUCCUUUUCAUUACUGGAAAUGGUUUUGCUUCACAAAGCCCAACUUAGGUCUCAGGACUCGGAAUUAUUCCUCCUUAGUUGUAGCGCAGUGGACUAUAUGCUUUUAAUGGACCUCACAAAGCACCCCUAAUGUACAAGCAGUCUGUGUUCAAUAGUAGCAACUCAUGCUUCAGUAGAGAUCUUUUUUGUAGGAAUACAUAUAUAAUGUAAACUCUUUGAAGGUGAACUAUAGCCAAGUUAGAUGCUUCAAACAGUAUCAACAAAAAAGCAUUUUAAUUUUCAGGACAAUCUUGCCUCAUUAAGUAAACUUUGGUUUCAAAUUUUAUCCUCUAAUAGCUGUUGGUGCUAUUAAGGAGUAAAAUUCCAGAUCAAGUGCCAGCAACAUUCUUGAAAAUUAAGGAGUUAUGAUUUAAGCUUAUUAUUAGCAAGUUCAGUACAGGGUUGGGGGACAGAAAAGGACAUUUAGAAGCAGCAUGAAUUUAUUAAGCAAUGUAACUCUUUAAAUCAUAAAUCUUUAUAGAAAAUUCCCUUUCAUGGAUACAUUUCUAUUUUACACAAGGUAACUUCUAACCUAAGUAUCUUUCACUGCAGGGAAUUAAUACACAGUUUAGAGCUGUCAAUGCAUUCAGAAGACUGUGUACAAUAUGUUCUUGUACCUGAUGUAUAAACUGAAUAGAUGCUCAAGAAACUUGUUCAAGGCUACAUACUUUCCUCUUUUUUAGAAUCAGUCUUUCUGUAUCUUACAGUUCUCCAGGUGAAAGAUAAGUCUUCAGAAGAUGUUCAGUAUUGUUCUAUUGUUAUCAGUUCUUGAGCUUAGCUAAGCUUUUCUCUUGGACUUGGUUUAGUGACCAUGGUCUAGAUAAUAGAUUUCCUGAUGUUUCAGUGGCAACUGUGGCUGGGAUUUUCAGAGGGUACACACACCACCUUGUCUCUGAAGAUGCCAGCCACAAGUCCAAGUGAAACAUCAGGAAAUUGUCUAGACCACAGUUACUAAACCUUGAAAUCCAACACUGCUCAACAGAUACUGGCUGUGAAAGCUUACACUAGCAUAUUCUUGUCUUAAGAGUUUGGUGUAAUGAGCAAUUAAUAGGUACAUGUUAUGUUUGCAUGUCAUUUUAAUCACAAUAUCUGCCUUAUUGGCAGUAAUGGACUUCUUUCCAUGAACUCCCAAAGUUUUUAAACCCCCAAAACAUGGAAAUCAUGAAGUAAGACCUAAGUAAUUCAUUGGUUUGGCACAGAAACUUUUAUUGAAGACCACUGUUAGAACUUUAUUUAGCAAAAUUAAUUAUUAAGAAACAUUUCCCAAAAAUAUUUAAUACCACUGUUUUAGAAAAAUAAAGGCCUUACUGUUAGAGCACAGUGCUUUUACUUUGAAUCUCUAUAAUCUGUAUGGUUAUACAACUUCUCACUGGAUCCCAAGAUCCUGGUUGCACUUCUUACUUUCUCACUACUUGUUAUGGCUUGCAGUGCUACCUUAAUAGUUUACUUUGAUCUACCCUCCUGUUCCAACAUUCCUUUUCUGCAGUAGUCUAGAAAAGAAUUACUUACUUCAUUCUUUUCAAUUUUGUACCAAGGAUCUGGGAUUACCUUUAAGGAUGGGAAUGUUAUUUACCAUCUUACCCUUUAAUGGUCAUGCUUCUAUGCAACUUUAAAUCAUAUUAAGGUAUACAUCUAUAUGUAACAGAGGUAUAAAGGCAGUCUAAUAGACCUCUUUAGUCUUUAUUAUUCAGAACUAUUUUUCAUGAAUGCCAAAGGAUAAAAUACUCCCCAAACUUGUAAUUUCUCAGCAGAUGUAGAGCCAAUUCCAGAUUCAGGUCUAUUGAGGCAUCUCUGUAAUUGCAAGAUCCAAUCUGGGUCGGUGACCGGGACCAGAGGUUUAGUCUUCGGAGCUUUUGGACUCGUAUUGGAGCCCAUCCUCAGGGAACUUCU